AUGUCCCUCUUCGAGGAGAUGAUAGGGCUUCCCAAGAAGCGGCGCAGCUUGCAGGAGCUUCUUUCUGAGUUCGAUGUCUCACUGAAGCAAGGGGGUCUGGGUCCGGUUGCUUGCGCCACGCUUGCCGGGGACAGCGACCUUGUGAAGACACUUGUCUCGGCUAAGGCUUCCGCAAACACGCGGGCGCCGGCAAUGCCUGAGUUUCACAACACUUCGGGUAUGACCCCGCUGCAUAUAGCUUGCUACUUCCAGAGCCAGAACCUUCAGCUUUUGAAGACCCUUCUGGAGCUUCGGGCAGAUGUGAAGAGCUCCAAUGCUAUGCUUGCCCCACCUUUGCAUUACUGCCGCUCGACGGGUGCUCUGCAGCUUUUGUUGGAGAACAAAGCAGGGAUCAAUGAUACUGGCAAGACCCUCGCACGAUGGCGACCCGUCCAAGUUGCGGCCGGGUUGAAUGCUCCAUCCGAAGUGCUCGCAAGCUUGCUGGAGCUGCGGGCCGAUAUUACAGUUCCGGUCUUGACACAUCUCGCAUAUGCCAGCUUCUGCAGUAACAGUCGGCGUUCGGCACAGCUGCUGCUUGAUGGUCGAGCUGACAUAAACCAACGUUUUCCAGUCGAGGGUCUGAUCGGUCUGUGUCAGUCAAUGGCACGGCUUGUGUUGCGUGGUUUCAAAGAUGCGCCUGAUUUUUUGAAAGUCGUUGCGGACGUAGAUUCUACUCCUCUGGGCUUUUGUGCCAUGUUUGGGAAUGAGGACCUAUUGGUUGUCCUUCUUGCAGCCAGAGCAGACCCGGCGAUUUCGAACAGCAGAAACUUGCGUCCAAUCGAUCUGGCUAGCUGUGAAAUCAUCCGAGACGUUCUUCGGGAUCCCAUGCGACACAUAUAUUUGUUUGAGCAUGAGGCUGACUUAGUCGAAGAAUCCUUUUAA